UAUAAAAUCUGUUAUUUUCUCUUUCAUCCAGUUUGGUGAAGAUAUCUACUUUACUGACAUGUCAUCAGAAGGUGCCAAAUCUUGCUAUCCCAACAAGAACAACCCGGAGGGAGUGCUGCUGCUGUGUGAAGUGGACCUGGGAAACUGUCACGAGACUGAUGACCCUAAAGCCAGGGACCUACCUGAAGGAAAAGACAGCAUCAAGAUCCAGGGACAAACCAGACCUGACCCCAACAACUCUGUCACACUGCAUGAUGUGAUCGUACCAAUGGGUCGCAUUCAGGCAAGAGAAGGGGGUACAGCCAUCGGCUACUCCCUCCUCUACAACCGAUAUGUCAUUUACAAUCCAGCCCAGGUUCGCAUGAGGUACCUGCUGAGGAUCCGGUUUAACUUCCCUUAACUGUGAUGAGGUUGACAAAGCUACAUGGUGGGGUGAUAUCUGGGGGGUCUCCUCUCUCAGAAUCAGAGAUAACAUCGGUUCAUGCAUCAGUAGCUGGUUUUGGUUUUGGGGAUGUGACGUCAGAGCUGAACUGAGUCAAUAAGAGGAACGUUUACCUCCUCACUGCAACGAUUAAUGGAUCAGACACCUGAUAGAAAAACGUCUGGUGGCAGCUUCUCUGACUAUUAGCUUCUUUUCUUUGUGAUGAAUUAGAUUCAACUUAAAGUCUUUGGGACGUUGGACGAAUAAAAAUGAUUCUGGGAUGUGUUGAGAAAAUAAUAGACGUGUUAACAGUCCAGCAGGGUUUGUGUGAUCUGUAAUUCCUCAUCUCUGUAUCCUUAAUGACUUUUAAAUAGAUUUUAGUUAACUACAUCUUAAUCACUUUUAACUAUAUCUUGGGUACUUAAGGUGGAACUGCUGCUUGAUAGAUGUGAAGAAUAUAUGUAGAACCUUUUACACUCCUGCUCCAUGUUGCUUUGUGUCAAUAAAAGCUUCUGGAUGUGGAUCUUUAGACUCUAGACGUGAUGAAAUGUGUCUUAAUAGUGUCAAAAACUACUAAUUAGUUCCAGUAAAUCAAAUAUUUGGGUUAAAAUGUAAGAACAUAAAUAUCUUUAUAUUUUCUUUUUGUUGGUGUGAAACAGACAAAGACGAGAAUCUGUGGAAAAUCAUUCACUCUUUGUUACAUUAUAUACAAACAAACAACAAUAAAGGAGGUUCUCUUUCACA